AUGAGUAACGAUAAACCUCAGUCUCCGCCCCGUCAUUGGCACGGGCCUGUUGGUAACCGCUAUGAGCAUCACAAUGUAUGGGUGGUAGGAGGUCCUCCCUCAUCCUACAUGGCCUCACGACCUUCGACAUCAACUACCGAUGCAUUUGCCACCAGUGAAAGGCGGUCCUCCAGUGCAUCCGAUACCUCCGCCAACGCAGGUGAACGCAGCCCUCCUCCGUCAGUCGGGGAACGGAGGAGAUCUAGUGCUCAUGGUCCGUCGUCGUUGUUUGAGAGCCUAACCAGCCAGAAGCGGAACACGAAUGAUGGCUCCCUUGCAGCACGAAGACAGAGCUGGAGUGAGCAGUCACAGCCUGGCGGUUUCUUUUCAAAAUGGUGGUCUGGAUACACAGGCGGUAAUAAAUGA